AUUUCCACCUCAUCGUUCUGUAACAUUGUUGUAUCCAAAAGCUCAUUCCCACUCACACAAUGCCGCCAGCAACUACCACAGUCCCCCGCAACAAGCGCUGGGCCAAGGUUUCAGCCUCCGCCAACGCGGAUGUAGCUUAUCAUGAAUUCCUGAAGGAGACCCCCAACGCCCAGUUGCAAGCCCGUUCGAAGACGAAGAGGAAGAGGACAGCGAGGACGAGGCCGAUGAGCCGGUCGAGUGUGAUGGGGGAGAGCUCUGUGUCUGUCGCAAGCCGGCGGCCGACCACCCUGAUCACCAGUGGACGGUUUCCCGAGCAGGCAUGCAGAGACUGAUCACCUAUCGCACGAUGGUGGACCUGCGUGACCCGGACGCCUUCCAGAUGUACACCUUCAACGAUCACGCCGGAUACGGGGCCGUCGAAGUGGCGCAGAACAUGUUGCUCGAUUUCCAGGAAGCCUCUGGGAAUUGGAAGGAACAGUGGGCCAUCUGUGAAGGACUCGCGUUGUUGCGCGGUGCCAAUUCCCUUGACCCUAUGAUCGGUAUCGAUGACGGUGAGCUCUUCCGGGAGACCUCCAUCAUGCUCGAAUUGAUGCUCUUGACCGCGCUCGCCGAACUCGAAAAGCAGGGACAACUCGGUGCCAACUCCGACGUACGCAAUCUUGGCAUGGUCAUGGGUCUGUUCGCCAAGGAAGCCCAGGCCUUGCGGUCCGACGGAUACAUCGACGACGAACCGUCGACCACCAACAAGACGUAUUCCGGCGAGCAUUUUGUGCCUUACCUGCUUGCUUAUGCUAAUAAGCACAACAUCCCCAUCCACGGGCCGUCCGAGAUCGACGAGAUCAUCGCAGAGGCUGAAGAGGAGGCUGAGGAAGCCGAUGUGCAGCUCCCAACCGCCAAGGACCCUUGGAAAUGGGCGACGGCUUUCAAGGCCUACGAGCGCAAAAACAAAGGCUCUACCACGCGCAGCGGUAAGGCGGUAAUUGGCGGUGAUUCCUUGGACAUCACCACCUUUUCGAGUGCAGAGCGCAAGGCGAACAGUUUCGACGGGAAGGAUCCGCUGAGUGCGAAGGAGAUCAAGUCGAUCAAAGAUGGCAUGUGCCUUUGCCUCGGCUGAGUGGUGAUCCUUGACUGUUCUCUUGGUUCGAGCAGAAUGACAAGUUAUGUCAAGUUGAUGGCUCUUCUUGACUUUUUCGGGUUUAUUUAUUAGCGAUUGGUCUGGUACUUGAACUUGUUUGUGCGUUUUCUAUUUUGUUUCCGUAUCCUGGG